CCCUGGGACCAUCCUGCCCUGACCUUGGCUAUAUGUAACACAUAAAUCUCUGUCUGCUUCCUGCCCUUCCCAACCAAUGACACCACAAAGCGCCUAACUCACUCCCUGGUCACCUCUCACCUCGACUACUACAACUCCCUCCUCACUAGAUCACCUUUACAUAGUCCAUCAUGAAUGCUGCCGCCAGACUCAUCCAACGUACCAACCAUUCAGUGUCCUCCACCCCCUCUGCAAUCCCUCCACUGGCCUCCAUUCAGUGUCCUCCACCCCCUCUGCAAUCCCUCCACUGGCCUCCAUUCAGUGUCCUGCACCCCUAUCUUCCAAUCCCUCCACUGGCAUCCAUUCAGUCUCUGCCACCCCUCUCUACUAAUCCCCCCACUGGCCUCCAUUCAGUGUCCUCCACCCCCCCUCUGCAAUCCCUCCACUGGCCUCCAUUCAGUGUCCUGCACCCCCCUCUGCCAAUCCCUCCACUGGCCUCCAUUCAGUGUCCUGCAUCCCUAUCUUUCCCUCCCUCCACUGGCCUCCAUUCAGUGUCCUCCACCCCUCUCUGCAAUCCCUCCACUGGCCUCCAUUCAGUGUCCUGCACCCCCCUGCUCUGCAAUCCCUCCACUGGCCUCCAUUCAGUGUCCUGCACCCCCCUCUGCCAAUCCCUCCACUGGCCUCCAUUCAGUGUCCUCUGCACCCCUAUCUUCCAAUCCCUCCACUGGCCUCCAUUCAGUGUCCUCCACCCCCCUCUGCAAUCCCUCCACUGGCCUCCAUUCAGUGUCCUGCACCCCUAUCUUCCAAUCCCUCCACUGGCCUCCAUUCAGUGUCCU